CGGUUAACGGAGACGUUUGCGCGGUAAGGCGGUUGUGCGUUGAGUGGUAUUUUAUGUGGAUUUCUGUGAAAAAAAGGAAAUGGAAGAAAUGCGAAGCAUGCUUCGUAGGAAGGGGAUCUCCAGCUGUCCGCUGACUCAGGCGCGGUGACUACGACGACACUACAAAAGACCCAUCGAGCGAUGACCGCGCUCACAUCGCCAGAGCAGUCGGCUGGGAGUCAUGACCUCACCUGUCGCCGUGCUGACCUGUCUGUUGGCUGUGUCCGCCACUUGUCUGCUCUCUCAGCUUCGGUCCGGCAUGGAGCGUCACUCUGGCCGCGCUCCGCCCCGCCGGGUGUACUCGCACAAAGACGGGUCUCGGAGAAAUACCAGAAGUGCCGGCGAGGACGACUCUCGCCUGCAGUUGGACGAUGUGGGGAUAGGUGCACGUGCCGCGUGUCCGUUUACCACAGAGACUGUGACGCUCGGGGAUGUGACCAUGACGGCGUCCACGUGUGUAUCUGCCGGAGGACCGUGCGCGGGCGGCGUGCCCUUCACGGUGUGUCAGCAGUUGACACAGACGGUGCUGGUCGACGGCAGAGCCGUGGAGCUCAACACGGCCUGUCUGUGUGCCCUGCGCGCGCGCACUGCCACCACUGAGAGAAGUGACUCGGUGGAAGCACCGGCCGACCGCCAGCGCCGAGAUGUGGCGGUACCCUCCGAACUACCUCACGAGGUUUGGGAACAUAUCAUAAAAAUGAUGGAUUACGUGGUGUUUUGUGUGAGCCAGCUGAUUAUGAUAUAUCACGCAGAAUGAUGUGGGGCUUAAAAAGGUGAACCUCGACAUAUC